AUGUACCACCUCGCCAAAGGCCUGUAUCGGCUGGCGACAAGCAAGGAGGAAUACUCGGUCCUCCUCCUCGGCCUCGACAACGCCGGCAAGACGACCUUCCACGAGCAAGUCAAGUCCCUCUUCCACCCAGACAACCCGUCGCCCAAACUCAAAACCGUCCCGACUGUCGGCCAAAACGUGUCCACCAUCGUCCUCCCGGACAUGUACCUCAAGUUGUGGGACGUGGGCGGGCAGCUGAGCCUGCGUAAGCUGUGGCAGAGCUACUACGCGAGCUGCCACGCCAUCGUCUUCAUCAUCGACAGCACCGACAUUGGCGACGGCAGCCUGGAGCACGACAGCUCCGGCCGCCUCGAGGAGUGCCGGCUGGUGCUGGAAGACGUGCUGCAGAACAGCGAGGCGGAAGGCGUGCCGCUGCUGAUAUUGGCGAACAAGCAGGACCGCGAGGACUGCGUCGAGGUGGUGCGCAUCAAGGAGGGGCUGGUCAAGCGCGUGUUUGAGGGUGAGAAGGCCGGCGGGAUACGCGACUCGAGGGUGCUCCCCGUCUCGGCGCUGACGGGGACGGGAGUGAAGGAGGCGGUCGACUGGGUGCGGUCGAGGGUCAAGUGGAAUAAGGAAAGCCGGCCGCCCGUUAUGAGAUGA